ACUUUGGAAAACGUUAUGCGGUCGUUAAUCAACACUAGCAAACAGCUGAACGCUGCCGUCAUCUGUGGAUUCUCAACGUUCAAUAGCGUGUAGAUUGACUGAAAAUGUUGGGACUGCAACGUUUUACCGGCAGCUUUGUUAGCCAAUUAUACCGCCGAGCCGCCUACAGCAGCAAUGUGCGGGCGGCGGGCGUUCCACUGGCCAACACCCACACCCCAGGUGGUCAAUCGGAUGCAGAUGCAGUGCAGCCGGAAGCACGCACGCCGGCUGCAGAGGCGGUGGCCAGAAAACCGCGAGGCAACAUGGUGGCCGCCGCCUUCGAGUCCCUGAAAAACGACAAUCCCAAGGAUGAGAGCAAGAACCUGGCCUCCAGCAAGAUAGACGAGCGCAUCAUCAAUGCCAAGACAGUCAACGGACUGCUGUCCAUCACGGAGAGCAACAACGCCUUCUCACGGAAGCAUGCCCUCAGGAUUGUCUCCAUUCUGGCCGAGUGGAGCACCUUGGAUCGGGUGAAGAUCUCGGAGUUCGAGAACGACACCAGAUUCCUGCGGAUUUGCCGCAUGUUGGGCAGGACUGUGCCUAAAAGUGGGAAUGGAGGCAACAGCAAGACUCUGGGCGAGAGCAAUGGCCAGGCCAAGCGGAUUUCCGGCUUCCGGACGGACGAUCUGAACACGGUGCUAGGCGUAGCUGGCGAUGAUGAGGCGGCCAAGCUGAUAGCCAGCAUCAGUCUGCCCCAGAUGGUCAAGGUGAUGAGCACGCUGGCCCAGAGGAAGCGGCGUAGCACUCCGCUCUUGCGCUCCCUGGCUUUCAACAUUAGCAGCGCAUCGGAGGCACUGGAUCUGAAGCAAUCAGCGGAUGUGCUGUACGCCAUGUCCACGCUGAAUUUCCAGGACUCUGUGCUAGGCGCCAAGGUCUGCGCGGAUGUCCAAACGGCGCUGCCCAAGAACGUGGAGAAGUCCGCCGUUGUGGGAUCCAUCAUUACCAGCCUGGGCAUCUUGCGUUACCGGGACUUGGAUAUCCUGGAAUCCCUGACGCAGUGGCUCUUGAGAAACAGCGAAAUCUGCCGUCCCCAAGAUCUCAGCGCCUACUUCCUUACCUCGGCCCUGCUGAACUUCAAGAGCGCCCAGUUGGAGGAAGUGAGCAACAAGCUGGUGAAAUCCAUUGUGCGUGAAGACUUCACCAAGCAAUCCGAGUGGCUGAGCUUUGUGUGGUCACUCACAAUGCUGGGUCUAGUGGAACACAGUCAUCUGGCUUCAGUUUUGAGUGCGGACUUCUUAGAGAAAUUGCAAAAGGACAAGGCUGGCAUCACAGCCACCUCCAAAAUGAGGCUGCUCAAUCUGAACAGCUAUGCCCAGCUAUUAGCCACAGACUACAAGGGUCCUCUGCUGUCCGCCGACAGUCCUGCCUACCAGGUGCCCAUGGCGCAUCCCAAGGCAAAACAAGUGCUAGUCAAUGGCAUGCUGGAUGCUCUUAAAAGCCUGCUGCCGGCCAGCAAUCAUUUCCAGAGCGCGGUGGACAGUAAAAUGGGCUUCCUUAUAGAUGCCGUGUGCCACUUUGAUGCUAACAGAAAUCCCCUGCCCUUGGACAAGGAAAACCCCAAAGCCAUUAGGGUGGCCCUGAUGGUCAUUGAUUUCCAUGACAUUUGCCACGGAACGCAUCGCAGUGGCAGCGGCGUUACGAACUUGACAUUUGACCUGCUGGAAAAGAGUGGCUACCACGUGAUUCCCGUGCCCUACAACGAGUUCAGCACCAGUGACAAACUACUGAAGCGCGUUCAGUAUUUGGAGGCAAAGUUCAAGGCGAUUGCAAGUAGCAAAUAAUUGCAGUUGUAGUUUUAUUUAAUUCUCCUUGUAAUGAUUGAUCAAUAUUUGAAUUGUUUAAAUUUUGUAAAUGUUAAAUUAGGCGCUGAAUUACAAGCUAAACCCAAA